AGUUCUGUCAGUGACAGUUUCCUAAGAGGAUUUAUAAUAGAACGGUGGAGCAAAAACAUAGGAAUGUUAGUAAUUGCCGUGGAUUUAAUCCUUGAGCUGCGGGAGCAAGGAUGGAAAUGGUGAGCUAUCCUGUAGUCGGAUUUUAUCCGUUUGGAGAACAAUUUGCUGCAUGUGCAGAAGAGCAUGUUUUAUAGCAAGCGAUGUGACAACUGAAGGAUAUACUCGUAAGAGUUAAAAGUCCAGGGAAAGAAAUGUUGUUUCAAGUUCUGCUGUACUUGGCUUUUGCAACACAAUUGAUCACACCAGAUUUGUCAGGUGCUACGGCCACCAAAACAAAAACUCAAGUGACCAACAACUCAGGUGUGACACCCUUUGGACUGUGCGGUGCCUGGGUGAAAGAGCCUGACGGGGGCUAUUUCACCUCACCCAACUACCCACAGAAAUACCCACCCGAGAGGGAAUGCAUCUACAUUAUAGAAGCAUCCCCCCGCCAGUGCAUCGACUUGUUUUUCGAUGAAAAGUAUUCCAUUGAGCCAUCUUGGGAGUGCAAGUUUGAUCACAUCGAGGUCCGCGAUGGGCCCUUUGGCUUUUCACCCAUUAUAGGACGCUACUGUGGGCAAGAAAGUCCCAUGUAUGUUCGCUCGACUGGGAGGUAUCUGUACAUCAAAUUUGUAGCUGAUGGAGAGCUGGAGGCUAUUGGUUUCUCAGCCCGAUACAACUUCACACAAGAUCCUGAGUUUAAAGAUUUGGGGGAAUUGCCAGCAUUGCCACUUUGCGAGUUUGAGCUGAAUGGGCCAGAAGGCUUUGUGGAAUCAAUUCAGAUAACCAGGGAGAAACAGGCCCUACUGACGGAGGCUGUGGACUGCAGGUGGUUUGUCCGGGCCCCGCCAAAAGCUAAGAUCUACAUGCGCUUUCUGGAGUAUGAGAUGCACAACUCCAAUGAGUGCAAGCGUAACUUUGUCGCCAUUUAUGAUGGCAACAGUUCAGUUGAGCACUUGAAGAAUAAAUUCUGCUCCACGGUUGCCAAUGACGUCAUGCUUACAUCCUCUUUGGGUGUGGUAAGACUGUGGGCAGAUGAGGGAAGCAGGAAAAGCAGAUUCAAGAUCCUGUUUACAACUUUCCUUGACCCUCCAUGUGAAGGAGACACUUUCUUUUGCCAUAGCAACAUGUGCAUCAACCACACGCUAGUCUGCAACGGCAUCCAGAACUGUGUCUAUCCAUGGGAUGAGAAUCACUGUAAAGAGAAACGGAAACCAAGUAUUUUGGAUUCUCUGGAUAAUACUAACAUCACUAUUAUUGCUGUGACCUGUGGCCUGGUUGUCAUCCUGCUCAUCAUCUCUGUCAUCAUCCAGGUCAAACAGCCUCGUAAGAAGUACAUUAUCCGCAGAGAUGACUUCGAUCCCGCCCUCCUCCAUCCAGGGCUUGAGCCGCCACACUAUGAGCUCUGCACUUUACGACAUGUCCCUUCAGGUGACCUAACUGAUGCCGCAUUGUGUGAGGAGUUCGACAAGUCCCACAAGCUGCAUCGAUCCUCCUCCAAAUGCAUUCGUGACCACCACUGUGGAUCACAACAGGGAAGUAUGCAUGGCAGUGUCCAAGGUAGCCGCAGCAACCUGAGUAUGAGAGAGGCCACUAUUGACCCUGAUUGUGGGGCACUUGUGCCACAGCUACCUGGAGGGAUAGUAAGCCAGCAGUCACCACGGCUCUCUCACCACAUGACCCCAGCUGGUCACAGGAACAUCUUAGUGAUGAAGCACAGUUAUUCUCAAGAUGGAGGUAAUGGGUACAGAGAGGAUGAUGAUGAUGAUUUGAUGAUUGAUGAUGGUCCAACUACAAGUAGACACCACAUUCACCACCAUCAGAUCCAUCACGGCAUUCCAGGGUUUGACCACACCGUCCACCGCACAUUGUCUAAUGACUUCUAAAAUGGAAAAACGACAACAUCAUUCACUCAGAUUCAUGCAAGAAAUGGACACAACCUCUGGUGAACUAGAGUACCGUAUUUUUUGGACUAUACGUCGCACCUGAGUUUAAGUCGCACCAGCCAAAAAAUGCACAAUGAAAAAGAAAAAAACUUAUAUAUAAUUCGCACCGGAGUAUAGGUCGCAUUUUUUGGGGGAAAUUUAUUUGAUAGAAUCCAGCACCAAGAACAGACAUGUCAUCCUGAAAGGCAAUUUAAUAUACAAUAGAGAACAACAGGCUGUAUAAGUGUACGGUAUGCUAACAUUACAUGACGCUAGAAGUUAGAUCGGGCCAAAAAAAUCCAGCCCGACCCGACGGCCCGCGGGUAUUAAAGCCCGAGGCGGCCCGAGUCUGGUCAAUUAACUUGAUUUGCUUGCCUGAAAAAAACAUUAAAAAUAUUUUGUUUUAUUUGUAAGCAUUAGCCCAAAAAAAAAAAAAAACUUUAUGUUUUAUUUGUGGGGACUCAGGAGAAGGAGGAAAUUCGGGUAUGCGAUGCAUGGUUGCGUUUUGUGUGAUCAUGUUUGUGAUGGUGCAUAUAUGCAUAAUGAUAACAAAUUCAAGCCUGUCUUUUGUAAUGAAUUCUCCCAGUUAAACAAGACUGUAAGAUAGAUAUUCAAUAAACAUUUAUAUCUUUUAUAUUUGCGUGUCUGUUCUAACAGGCGGAUAGUGGAUUUGACAUUUAUCUUAAUCUCGAGUUGGCAGAAAAAAACACAAGUUUUCUCAAUGUUUAAAUAGUCUACAUAUUUUUAUGAUCAUUAUAAGUGCAUUUACACAACAAAAUAACGCUGUAAAAGUUUGUUAGAUAUAUUUUCGUAUGAGACCAAAGCGCCACAUUCGUUUACAUUCAGCGAAGCCGACACAGGUUUCCGUAUAGCAUCUUCAACAAUCAAUUUGAAUCCUUUCCAUAUCCCACUCCUACCGCAGUUGUUUGCUUUUCAAUUCCCGUCUUUAGUUUUUUUUUCACUCCUAUGCUGCUCCAUAUCGAAAAGGAAAUAUCAGGAUGCUCGCGGAAGGCGCCAGGGUGUGAGAGGGGAAGAUUGAAAAGAGAGCCACUACAUUCACGUGUGCAGGCAUGCACAGCGCCUUCUCUGUUUUAUCCAAAUUAUUUAUCUUAUUUAACAUCCAUACAUCGUUUUAGUAUAAAUGUAUGAAUAUAUAUUUAUUUUUUAAAAAGUUAGCGAGAGAGAAGUCGGCACGACCCGACCAUAAAUAAUCACACAUAAGUCGUUCUAGAGUAUAAGACGCACCCUCUGCCAAACUAUGAAAAAAAAACUGCGACUUAUAAUCCGAAAAAUACGGUAACACUCAAACUUUUAUUGCCAUUUCAUUAAAACCGUUUGUCAAAACCGUUUAGGUUUGACCAUGCAAUAAAUAUUGUAGUUUGUUUCAAUUUCAUUACGAGUAUUAAUAGAUAUUAUAUGGGGGCUACGGGGGACGGGUAUCGAUAAGCAUUUGCUUUUCCCGUCUUUCCUUUGUCUGUCAUCGUCUUUCUUUCGGGCAAAAUUCCACACUCUGAAACUGUCAAUGAUUUUGAUGAUGAUGACAAUGACAAUAAAUUCAUUCAUUCAUUCAUAUUAAUGCCAUGUGAGUCAUAUUAAGCGAACGCAAUCAACUGCACUUCUGUGAACUGAACAAUAUUUUACUCCUUUUUUUGUCCCAUUGUAUACCAUUUUUCUUUCCACAUGUUCAUAAUCACGUAUUUCAUAAUCAUUAAUAAAUACAUACCGGUACAUAAAAACAGCAGCAUGUUUUUGGUUUUUGUUUUGUCAAAUAGGUUCCAAUGCAAAAAUCCCGUCGUACGCACUUUAAAUGUGGUUUUAUACAUUGUA